AAAAUUAACAUGUGUUUGAUUGAAUUUUUCAUAGAAGAAUUUUUCAUCUGUAUUAGACAUUUAACUCAUUUAGUUUGAAAAGUUAGUUGCAACAGUUAAGAAAUUCAAAAAAUUUUUGAAGAACUUGUCAAAAACAUGAGUAUGUCAAUGUCUGGAGAUCGAGAAAUAUUACGGCGGGUGUGGGAGGGCCGGGUGGCCACAUGCAUCAAGCUUGCCGAGGAAGAUCUCAGCUCAUAUGGUGAACCUGACCCGCACUACCUCAUGCUUCCUCGCAUCUCAUACUUCCCACUAGUUCUGGAAAAAGUACGAAAGUCAUUUCAAAGGCAUGUUUCUCCUGAAUUUCGAGAUCAUGAGGUUUGGCUUGAGUUUGAUGGGAUUCCCUUGAAAAUGCAGUACCCCAUAGGCGUUCUUUGUGAUGUACUCAACACUGAAGGUCAGGCCCCAUGGAUGUUACGUCUCCACUUCUCCAGCCCUCCUGCUUCUCUAAUUAGCUUGCCUAGUAGGGAGAGCAUGGAGAGCCAAUUCCUGAGCUGCCUGAAGGAGGCUGACGCCCUGAAGCACCGUGGGGCGGUCAUGGGGGCGCUGCAGAGCAGGGAGCACAAGCAGCUCUGGCAGGGUCUUGUCAAUGACAAAUUUGAUGAACUCCAGCAUUAUUUUCUUGCAUGCUUCCCGACAAAUUUGAUGAACUUGUGA